CUGCCGUGUCUCUUUUAGUGCAGCAAGCAGUGCUGUUGGUCCGUGCGGGAGCGCAAGACGCACGGUGCGCCGCGCCGCCACACAGCCUCGCUCUCCACACCGGACGGUUCGACGCGGGAGGAGACGGGGUCGGGCCCUCCGCCCGCAUCAAUCAAUCCCCUUUUUACUGGUCAACCAGCUGACUGCCAGCGAGGGCAACGAGAAGCCGGCCGGCCCUUCUCACCGGGGAGCGCGGAGAACGUCACGGCCGUUUACGCCGCGUUGCCUCCGUCUCCGGCUGGAAGAUACGAGCGUGCAGCAGUUUUUUAUCUGCGGCUCCGCGGAGCGCGCUGCUGACACAACGCGACACGAGCCAAUUAGACCGGCGAACGGAGCGUGGUUACCUGCGGAAAGGUUCGCGCGGGGCGAGCAGGUGACCAGAGAGCGCGGUGCGGCUGGAACAUCAUGUCACUGCGUGUGGGAUCCUCAGCUGAGUUGCGUCUUGUGAACUGCAUCAAACCAUCUGCCGAAGCCUCCCGUCGCCUCUUGUUUAAGAUGGAGAGUCACGCCCUCCCUCUCUCUCUCUCACUGAAUAGCCGGCCUCAAUGAGGGGAAAGGAUCUCGGCUCGGGCUGUAAAUAAAACCCUCUUACUUCUGCACAACGUGGGAGAAAGUGCCACUGUGUUGCUGCUGUGGCAUCUCCGUAGGCUGAUAACUGCAGUGAAAGCGGCGCCGAGGGAUCUUCUUUCACUGCACAACUCGCCUUUCAUGCCGCGGCCCCGGAGGCGGCUCACGGGGCUGAACUGUCAGCGGGGGAAGGCAGAGAGACUCUCGCGUGGAUUCGAUCGGCAUCGCAGUGCUCAGGUGGAAAGCCUCUUCCCCCGGGAGACUGAAGACGACAACAUGAGGAAAUAGUCACGCUUUUGUUUGAGGGACCUUCACUCAGGAUCGAAAACUUUUUAAUUGGCUUUUUUUUCAUUUUAUAUUGGUUGGGGACAGCUGGUGUUGAUUCGUCUGCUUUAUGACUUUUCAUCCCCGGGGAAGCGUGUCUGAGUGGCAGGGGGAGCCAGCAUGGCCAAGCCUCUGCUGAAGUUACAGCGCUAUUUCCGCCGGAAACCCGUGCGAUUCUUUUCCUUCAUCCUGCUCUACCUGACCGCCGGGAGCCUCGUCUUCCUGCACUCUGGCUUCGUCGGGGGCGGCGGCCCCGGGGCCGGUGGCGGCCGAAACUCCGUGGUGGCUUCGGAAACUGGGAGCCGAGCUUCAGCGGCAGGCACCCGGGGCCUCGGCAUCAUGAGCAGAGUGUUUAAAGAGACCCGGCGGUCCGGACGCAGGUACGGCCCCCCGUGGAUGAAGAGGGCCAGACAGGAGGGCCAGGAGACGGUGCGCAGGGGGGGACACUACACCAACAACUGGAACCGGGCCCUUAAAGGACGCAGUGCCAAAGAGGUGGACAACGGAAGAGCAAAGUAUGUCGGCUGCCACAUUGAUGACACACAGAAAAGGGCGCUGAGAGGAGUUUCCUUUUUUGACUACAAAAAAAUGACUGUAUUUCGUUGCCAGGACAACUGUGCAGAAAGAGGGUACAUGUAUGCGGGUCUGGAGUUCGGAGCCGAGUGCUACUGCGGCCACAAGAUCCAGGCUCCCAAUACUUCAGACAGCGAAUGCAACAUGGAGUGCAAAGGAGAGAAGAGCAACCUGUGCGGAGGAGCGAACCGACUGUCCAUCUAUAGGUUGGAGCUGAGCCAGGAGUCGGCCCGCCGCUACGGCAGUGCCAUUUUCAAAGGGUGUUUCCACCGGCCGGACAACGUAACUCUGGCUCUUCCGUUCAGCACGGUCAUCCAAAACAUGUCCGUGGACAAAUGUGUGGACCUGUGCACGGAGAAGGAGAAGACGCUGGCCGUCCUGGCCGGAGAUCGGUGUCACUGUGGCUUCCCGACUCCUCUCUUCUCCCUGCACGAACCGGAGGACGAGGGAAUGUGUCUCAGCCGGUGCCGCGGGCAGGAGUUUGAGAGCUGUGGGAGCGACGAGUACUUUGUGGUGUACCAGACGCAGGUUCAAGAUAACCGCUGCAUGGACCGGCACUUCCUCCCCACUCGCGCUAAGCAGCUGGUGGCUCUUGCCAGUUUCCCCGGAGCCGGCAACACCUGGGCUCGCCACCUCAUAGAACUGGCCACCGGUUUCUACACCGGCAGCUAUUACUUUGAUGGCUCCCUUUACAACAAAGGAUUCAAAGGCGAGCGGGACCACUGGCGCAGCGGGAGGACGAUCUGCAUCAAGACGCACGAGAGCGGCCGGAAGGAGAUCGAAUCCUUUGACACCAGCGUUCUCAUGAUCCGAAACCCCUACAAAGCCCUCAUGGCGGAAUUCAACAGGAAAUAUGGCGGCCACAUUGGAUUUGCUUCUCAGGCCCACUGGAAAGGGAAAGAGUGGCCCGAGUUUGUGAAGAACUAUGCGCCUUGGUGGGCGUCCCACACGCUGGACUGGCUCAACUAUGGGAAGAAUGUCCACGUGGUCCACUUUGAGAAUGUGAAGAGGGACCUGUUCUCCCAGCUGAAGGGAAUGGUGCAGUUCCUUGGUUUGAUAGUUUCGGAGGAGCGCCUCCUCUGCGUCGAGGGCCAGAAGGAUGGAAACUUUAAGAGAUCCGGGCUCCGAAAGCUCGAAUAUGACCCCUAUACUCCAGAAAUGCGAGCGAACAUCAAUGAACUGAUCAGAACAGUAGAUGCUUCUUUGAGGAAAAGGAACAUUUCUGGGGUUCCAGAGGAAUAUAUGCCUAGAUGAUAUACGAGAUCCCAUCAUUUAUUUUCCUUUUCCCUCCUUCAAUUGGACUGUUGUCGACAGGCCGCACCAUCUGUUUGUUUUUUUCAAUUAUUAUUCUGUCAACAUAGAAGCUGUCUCUUUACCCUCUUUUUUAUUUCCUAUUUAUGUUCUUUCAUUUUGUGUUGAACCUCAGCAGCUUCAUGCAUUAAUGAAAUAGGCAGUUUUCUCUCCGGCUAAAUGAAAAGCACUCCUUAUCCUGCUCUAUGCACGUGUGCCAUGUCGGCAUGAGCACAUGCCUUAACAUGGAGAAGGUACAGCUGUGACUACAUGUGUUACUAGUGAAGAAACAAGUUCCCCAAAUAUAUACAUGGGCUUAUUUUGUGCAUAAGAAAAUACUAGAAAUGAGAACUUUCAGAUGUAAGAAUCUUCUGCUGCUAUCACAGUUAGAGAAUAAUACUAUUUUAUACAUGAAACAUAACGUAAAGCCCUUGGUCAGACGGAGAUAUGCAAUAUGCAGGCUAUGACCACCUGAUGAUGAUGAUAAUAAUGAUGAUGAUGAUGAUGAUACGAUGUGUUUCUAAUAUUUUGUAAGUUGUUCCAGUCUUGUUUUCAGUGAUGAACUCAGCUCCUUCUAUUCAAGAUGAUGAAUAAUCCCUCUUGAAGGCACUGACAAGGAGAAAAAAUGAUUUAUCUCAACAGCAUUUAUCUCUGCCGUGCAGCGCACACGUCGACUGAUUUGGUUGUGCAUUUGUUUUCUUAACACUGGACUCGAUGAAGAAAUCCAAAAAGCACUUUGCUGUGCCAAACUUUCCCCAAAGAUCAUGGAGAAAUUAGACAUUACACUUGUGUUAGACCGGAGGUAACAUUUAGCAGUAGCGAUGAGUGUAGAUUCAUUUUAUGAGUUAUCAUCAAUGUUUCAUUGCUUUGUUGUAAGAAAGGUUAUGAAACAGUUCUAGCUGGUGAUCAUUUUACUAAUAAUUUGAAAAAAAAUCUCCAGAAAUGUGUGAAGAAUUCUGCUAAAAUUCCGUACGCAUAAAGUCUUAUCACGGUACUCAAUGUGCUAAUAAAUGCUAAUAAAUAAACAUGUGAAAAAAUACAUUAUAUAAAUAAAUACAAUGUGGGUGACAGAGCCAGACAAUAUUAACUGACUUCCAUUUUCAAAAUUGCAUAAAUAUAUUUUUAUAGGAUUUGCUGGCGCAUUGAUAACAUUUGUAUUGCAACCAGCAAAAGGGGUGAAGGUGUCUCUAUUUUUAAACACAUGCUUUGAACUUUAUCGGCUCUCGCUUUCACGGACAAGCAGACACUUUCUGAACAUAGGUGUCACAAAUGAAUGUAUUUUCUAUGGAAUGAAUGUAAUGUGAUAAGGCCCAAUAAACAGGUGCAUAAAAUGA